ACUACUCUAGGCUUUUGUAGGUCCUCAAGCAUGAUUCUGUGACUAACCUCUGGCAGAUGCUGACCAUAGAAUUGUACUGGAGGAGCUGGAGAUUCCUAGAGAGAUGUUCUCAGGUAAAAAGAAUACAAUCGUCCCUCCCUUUGCACAGAUUUUGCACCCGCGUCCCUUGCUUACUUGUGAGGGGCAAACGGAGGGACUUAAAAUGGGGAGCGUGCCCCUAUUCAAGCCAAUAGUAACCCCAGCGAAUGUGGAGGGACCACUGUACUGAAUGAUCUUGGAGAUGGGACCCAAGUCUAAACAGGAAAUCUGUAAAUACCUGACAAACAUUUGUUAUUGUGUGCCCUCAAGUCGUUUCUGAUUUAUGGCGACCUUAAGGCAAACCUACGAAAAUGUUGUUUUCUUGGCAAGAUUUGUUCAGAGGAGGUUUGCCUUUGCCUUCCUCCGAAGCUGAGAGAGUGUGACUUGCCCAAGGGCACCCAGUGGGUUUCAUGGCUGAGUGGGGAAUCGAACCUAGUCCCCAGAGUCCUAAUGCAACACUCAAACCACUGUGCUACGCUGGCUCUCCAUAUAAACAUACCCUGAAUUUUAUACAUAAUGUUUUUAAUAAUGUGCAUGAACCAUUGAAAAGGAAAGACGUCACUCUCUCAGCCACCCGUGACAAUUCUUUAGGAACAUUUCAAGAGUUUGUAAUUCUGUAUAUAAAGCAGACUCACCCUGUGCUAUGAGGGUGCCGGCAGUAUUGGACGGUAUGUGUGGGUUUGGGACAUCCGUCCCUAUUGCUAAGUUGGGAUUCUUCUUGAGGGUCUUAUCUGGAGAGAUUUCCACAAUGGGCAGAGUUUCUGAGUGGCCUAUCUCAAUUGUUUGAAGGGGGCUUAACCUUAAAGAAGGGAUGACCUGCCCUUUUUACCCUUUGCACCCUGUCCACUUUAUUUAAAUCUCAAAUGUUGGGGGUGUUUGGAAAGUUGUUGCAUUUUCUACAAAAGAAGUCCUCCUCCAUUCUUUGCACAGUCUGUUCCUUAUGACAGGAGUGGGGAGAAACAGAAGGGGUAUCCCAAGCUUUGGCAGGGAGAGAAUCAAUAUAGCUCACUUUUGUUCCUGGCAGAGGGACAAGGCAGAGGUAAAAACAGGCCGGUUUAUAUGCCUCUCGGUUCUCGAAGCAUUUAUCCUGGAUGUCUGUUGUUGAAUAUGGAUGUAACCUCAAAGUAGUACGAUGGAAAGGAAAGAUACAGGCCCAAGUAGCCUGAUCCUGCCCAGGCUUGCAUAAUAUAAUUCAUGUGUAUACUUGAAGCUUUGAAUGUUUACAAGAUUGUGGAAUCUUAUCAGUGCUGUUCCUGAACUUCAGCGAGAGAGAGAUGGAACAACUUAGUGCUGUUAAGAAUAAAGUUAUUAACCACAGCCCAUGCGGAGCAGUAGUUUCCUUGUAAAGGCCAAACAACAGCAACAUUGUGAACCUGCCGUGCGAUAACUGGGCUGUUCUUCUGCCUGGGCCAAUGCUAGAUCUGGAAGUGGUUCCCGAGCGAUCUCUUGGGAAUGAGCAAUGGGAAUUCACCUUGGGAAUGCCAUUGGCUCAGGCUGUAGCAAUUCUUCAGAAACACUGUCGUAUCAUCAAAAAUGUGCAGGUUCUCUACAGUGAGCAGUCUCCUCUUAGCCAUGACCUCAUCCUUAACCUGACUCAGGACGGAAUCAAACUGCUGUUUGAUGCUUUCAAUCAAAGACUCAAGGUGAUUGAAGUUUAUGACUUGACUAAAGUGAAGUUAAAAUAUUGUGGUGUUCAUUUUAACUCUCAGGCUAUUGCUCCAACUAUAGAACAAAUUGAUCAGUCUUUUGGAGCAACCCAUCCAGGAGUGUACAACUCUGCUGAGCAGCUAUUCCACCUCAACUUUAGAGGACUGUCUUUUUCCUUUCAGUUGGACUCAUGGACUGAGACUCCAAAAUAUGAGCCAAACUUUGCCCAUGGCCUAGCUUCUCUGCAAAUUCCCCAUGGCGCAACUGUGAAACGCAUGUACAUCUACAGUGGAAACAGCCUACAGGAUACCAAGGCUCCCCUUAUGCCCCUCAGCUGUUUCCUUGGAAAUGUGUAUGCAGAGAACGUUGAUGUUCUGCGAGAUGGAGCUGGGCCCUCAGGUUUACGGCUUCGCUUACUCACUGCAGGUUGUGGCCCUGGCGUAUUAGCAGAUGCCAAGAUGCGGGUAUUUGAGCGCUGUGUAUAUUUUGGUGAUUCGUGCCAAGAUGUUCUGAGCACUUUGGGAUCUCCUCACAAAGUUUUCUACAAGUCAGAAGAUAAGAUGAAAAUACAUUCGCCCUCUCCUCAUAAACAGGUACCUUCAAAGUGCAAUGACUACUUCUUCAACUACUUCACGCUUGGAGUGGACAUCCUUUUUGAUGCAAAUACUCACAAAGUGAAGAAAUUUGUUUUGCAUACGAAUUACCCUGGUCAUUAUAACUUCAACAUUUAUCACCGCUGUGAAUUCAGGAUCCCACUAGCUAUUAAACGAGAGAGUACCGAUUCUCAGAUGGAAACCUGCACAACUUACAGCAAGUGGGACAGUAUCCAGGAACUUCUUGGACAUCCAGUAGAAAAGCCGGUAGUACUUCACAGGUCAUCCUCUCCAAACAACACAAACCCAUUUGGAUCAACGUUUUGUUUUGGACUUCAGCGGAUGAUCUUUGAGGUGAUGCAGAAUAACCACAUUGCGUCUGUUACUCUGUACGGCCCCGCAAGACCCAGCAGCCAGUUGAAGACGUCGGACCUUCCCCAGUGAGCAAUAUCAGCUAAACGAAAUGCUACCGAUUUAGUACAGCGUGCCUUGAUUUGCUGCCACUUAUAGUAUGGGAAAGCACGGUAUGAUGGAAUAUGUGUGUGCAUGUGUGUAUGUGCGUUCCUUCAAAGCAAAACAAAAGAACCCUGUCUCUUUCUACCUACGCAUGGAAGAGAGCAGGGAAGUCCUCUUGUUGGUUCAUCGCGGGACAUGGGAUUUUGGUGGAUGUGAGUAAUCAGUGCCUGCCGCACAACUGCUAUUUUUCCUAUUGGCUGCCCUUGUCCUCUGCAACAUGGAGAUUUAUGGACUGGUUUGCUUAUUUUCCUGAGCUGGAAGAAGGAUGAGCUUAAGACAAGAGGGCACCCAAAUGACUGCAUGAGUUAGAAGCACAAACUUUCUGAGCCUUGGGGCAUCCGGAAGCCGGUAUUGGAUCUAAUUAUAUAUGUAGAUAUAUAUAUAUAUAUUUUUCCCAGUCUGUGCUUGUGAUAACUGCAAUGAUAACAGUGGUCUUGUUUCUUUUUCCUACACAAGAACAGUGUAGGUGUGUGUGUGUGUGUGUGCAUAUGCACAAACAGAACUUAUACAUAGGUGUAUAUAUAUUUUUAAAAAAUUAAGUACUUGGGUAUUUCUGUGGCUUAAGGACAUUGUACCAAAUGUGACAAGUAUGUACAUACAUGUCCGUGAUUUCAGGCACCACAUGUUUGUCUGACGUUGAAACUAGCGCAAAGCAGCAUGCGCCUAGAACUUGGUUGUAACAUUUUUUUUGCACUACAUACACUUUAAUUACUUGAUAAGGCAUUUUAAUCCUCACCGAGGAGCAUCUGUGUAUUGGGUGUGAGUGGAGGGUGCGAUGGUUUAUUUAAUUGUUUGCCACGCAUAAAGCUUAUUUAUACUGUGGGGAAGGAACCCACUUUUUUUCUGCACUAAUAUUUACUUGACAUGCUGAAGCGACUUAUUUUCUGCCAUGCCUGGUUAGUUAACGUUUUUAUACACACACACACAUAUUUACACACACACUUUACGAAAAUCAAGUGGGUUGUUCCUGUAAAUUAUGUCUUUCUUAAAGCUUUUGUUGCCAUUCCCCCCCCCCCCCCCCCCCUUUGUACUUAAAAUUCAGACCUGCAAAAGCGAACACAGUUGCAUCGCCUUGCAGCUGUGCGAUGUGUAUCGGAUUAGUAUUCCUUUCUUCCUCUUUCUUUAUCCAAUAAAAGAAGAGUUUUGGAGAGCUGGAGCACAGCCACCGGGGAACCGGUUGCGCACCAGGGUUAACAUUGAACUAAAUGGACUUUGCACGGCCUUAAUGCAAAAGAUGUUUUCUGGGAGACUUCCAUGGCACUGGUGGCUUGUGCUCCGGGUUGUUGUUGCACAUGUAGCACAUUGGAGGGAGGGGAGAGAGAAAUUGCCUCUUUUCUUCCUCCCCUCCUCGUUUUUUUUAAAAUAUCCAUGCCAAAAUGUUAGCCAAAGAGGUCCUUAAUCUAGUUUCAACAUUUCUGUACAUACUAUGUUGACGCCGCACGGCGUGCCCUCUAUCCGCCAUCAUGGCUGCUUUGAAUUAAAGAGAUCCUGCUUCACUUUUUGCAUUUCUCCCAAGCGCAGGGAGACCAAUGCGCAGCUUUCUUACCAGUCUUAUUAUGGGGGGAAAUAACCUUGUCUGUCUGUCUGUCUCGAUCAUAAUUGAAAUAGAAUCCUUUUUAAAACAAUGGCGACAGAGAGAGAGAAAAUAAAAGAGAAAUGUAUAAUUUUAUCCCAUUUUUUUAAUAUUUUGGUGUAGCGACUUGUGAUAUACAGGUAUAUAUAUAUGCAUAUAUAUAUAUAUUACAGACGACUUUUUUGUGAGUUUUGCAAAAACGUGUGUACAGUUUUUUUGUAAAUACGAAACUUCCUUUUGUAAUUUUAACUCAGUGUACAGUGUAAUCUUGUAUACAUUGUUGACAAAAAUGAGGGAUAGGUGAUUUUAGGAUGUUUUAACUACAAAGGUUUGAAUCCUGGACCAGUAGCAGGGAUAAAUGUGAUGCGUGGCAUUGGGGUGUGUGUUGUUGUGUGUGUGUGUUGCUGAGUAUGUGUGUGUGAUCUCCUCUUCUUUCUUUUUUUGCCAUUUUGUCUUCCUGUAUACUGUGACAUUCUGUACUCUUUUUACUUAAGAGGAAAUAAAGGAAAGCCCCAUGGAAAAUUCAAUGGAUAAUGGGAUAUAUGGGGGAGUGAUAAGGUUUACUUUUCUUCCUGGACGUUACCCCUCUUCUUCAUAACAAUGUCGGUUUUUUCCUAUGAUCAUUGCUUGCGGAGAAAAUUCCCCAAGACUUCUUCGUUUUCUCUUUCUUACAUGAGAAUUCUGUUUUUCAUAACCUUCCUGUAAAAUUGUACGAAAUACCUAAAAUAGCAUGUACAUUGAAAGGACAAAUAAAACGAAGCUCAGUUGCUGUGUUGUUGGAAUACAGUGGCUGGGUGUGUGUAUUUUGCAA